ACUACUGGAGCACAACAAAAGAAAUCAGAGAACUAUGAGGAUCUCAAAAAAGCCGGAUCUUGCAUACAUGAAGGGAAAACAUGUUGUCAUUUCAUUCUGGAAGGCAUGAGAAAGUAUUUAUUGUAUGGCGUGCCAUUAGAUUUGUUAAGCACUAUCACCAAGGGAAGACCACCACGAAGUUUAGAAGAACUGAAAAUGAUACGUUUCAAUAUGACUAAAUUUUUUCUGUCCUAUGUGGGAAUAUAUAGACUAUCCAGCUGUGUGCUAACUCGCUAUUCAAACUCAACUUAUGGUACACCACAACAUCUGCUAGCAGCUGGUUUGGGCGGCCUUUCAUACUUCUUUCUGGGCAAGAUAACAUUCAGCGUGCUGGCUCUUGUGGUAGCUACUCAAGCGGCUUGGCAAUUUUAUUGUAAUCAACAUAAUAAACAACCUGAAGGUAGACUGUUUGCGUUCCUCAAAAGAGUUCCGUUCGCCAAGUUGAUGAUACAAUUAAAUAUUGCCUAUUUGGCGCACAGUUAUGUCUUCAAACACGAAGCUAUGUCCAAAUUAGCGAAAGGAUUUUUUCGUGGCAUAACUGAUAACAGAUUUGAACGCAUAUAUCAACAUCUGUUAAAUUUGUUUACUGAACAUGAAAAAGUGCGGUUUUAAUUUAAAUGUUUUUACUGUUUUUAUAAUUGUGAUUUUCACACAAUUCCAGCCUUUCUGGAAUGAACUCGUCAAAAUUUUAUUGAAUUUUAAUGUUGUUUAAUCGCAAUGUAAACGCCUCCAUUUUCCAAAGUGAAUAAAGAAAUGGAACUAA